AUGCCGCGCCUUGGCCAUCGCAAGUCGCGUAACGGCUGUACCCAGUGCAAAAGGCGCCGCGUCAAGUGUGACGAACAGCAGCCUUGUACCAACUGCGCGAAGCAUGGCGUACAGUGCAGUCUUUCCCUUCUUUCGGACCAGUCAUUGCCAUCACCUUCGAAUUCGCAGAUAUCUGGAGCCAACUCGCAGAGAUCCAGAGCCAAUUCGCAGACAUCUAGAGCCAGCAGUACCGCAAUAAGAACCCCGUCAGUGGGCUUCAUGGGAGACGCUGUGAACAGCCCGGUGCCAGAUGCUGUCCAACAAGCCAUCAACUCACCGGGUUCUGGUAGCACGGUGCCGACAUUGGUUGUCUCAGCACCACAAGAUCCAAACCCUCUUGAUGUCUUGUCGUACUUCAUGAUAGAGACCGACAGUGCCCCUUACACCGAUUGGAUCGAGAGUCUCGAGUUGAUGCAUCACUACAGCACCUCCACCUACCUCAGCUUGUCGAACCAAAAGGAGCUCCAGCACAUCUUGCAGAUCGAUAUCCCGCGUGAAGCAUUCGCUCAAAAGUUCCUCAUGCACGGGAUACUCGCGCUUUCGGCCCUACAUCUAGCCCACAAGCAACCGGACCGUCCAGCCUUGACAACAAUCUCGACGCAUCACCAGAACCUCGCGAUCAGCGGCUUUCGGACGGCGCUUACUCACAUUGCGGGUCACAAUGCUAACGCCGUCUUUGCGCUCUCGUCUCUCCUCACCCUGAUCGCCUUCGCCAACCUCGCCAAGUUCUCUCCGAUGCACAGACCGGACUGCAUAGACAGCUUCGCCGAAAUUUUCAUGCUCUUACGUGGUGUCCGCGAGAUCGUUAUAUCAGCGCGAGACUGGGUUAUUCGCGGCCCACUCGCUCCACUGCUUAUGGCGGCCCGCCUCGACGAGUCACAAAGUCAUAUGCAUCCCAACUUGCAAGACCGAUUCGACAAACUGUCCACACGGCUAGCGGAUGAGCGGCUUGACCCUGAGACCAGGUCUUCGUGCGCGAGCGCUAUGGCUGACCUUAAGCAACUGUUCCCGAGAGUUCUGGCCCAAACUGGGCGCAGUGAAACUAGUGUGUUGAUGACGUGGCCUGUUCAGGUUCCUACAGGGUUCAUCGCGUUGAUACGGCAACGGCAUCCCGCUGCACUCGUCGUCCUCGGGCACUAUUGUGUUUUAUUCCACUUAUUCAGAGAAGACUGGUUUAUCGAUCGUUGCGGGGCGCGCAUUGUGGGUGCCAUAACCGACGCACUUGAUGAUGAAUGGCGCGAGUGCAUGAGGUGGCCGGCAGAGUGCGUGGCAUUGGAGGUCGAUUCUGGCAUCCUCAAUGCCUUCAUAGGAACAUGGUGA